GUCACCAAUACAACGAGUUAGUUGGCUGAUGACCUCGCAAAAGUUACGUGCAGUGAUUGGUAUUAAAUAAACAAUUCUGUUUAAUUAAGUUUUAAAAAAUGAAGUUAUUUUUAAUACUAGUGACAACACUUUUUACAACAACGCUGUCAAAGAUCUGCUAUUGGAAUGAAAAUUGUCAUUACAAAUAUUUUUCAAGUAAAACACCAUACGAAUUUGUAAGAGGAGAUAUAAGAGAUUCAGUUGUGACAAAACCAGGAUGUAAACCGAUUAGUUUAUGGGGACUAGUGAGACACGGUAAAAGAAAUCCCGGUGAAAAUUUUGUUUGCAAAAUGUUAGAUGCAACUGUUAUAAAAGAUUAUAUUAAACGAAGCUAUCAAAAAGGGGACGGUCAUAUGUGCGCACAAGAUGUUGAAAAUUUAAUCAAUUGGGUUAGUGAUGAGGACACGUUUCGUAACGUUCAUCAGAUAGCUAAUGAGGGUUAUGAAGAAAUGGCCGGUCUGGGACAAAGGUUCAGUGCAGUGUUUAAAGAUUUAAUUAUGAAUUCGGACAAAAAGAAUUACACUCUACGAUCAGCUUAUGGACAUUGGCUAGAAAACAGUGUUAGAGGAUUUAUCCAAGGCAUAGGAAAUGAAUCACUGGUUAUAGAACAAUCAAAUAAAACCUACGAUGUUAUGGCGCCUUAUGAAUCCUGUAACUAUUACAUGAAAGGUGUAAAAAAAAAUCCAGAUAUAUACACAGAAGCGACAAAAUAUCAGGACAUGAACGAAUUUCUCGCAGUAAAGGAGGGAAUUCAAAAGAGAACUGGUAUAGACUAUAUAUUGACUAAUGAAAAUAUAACAUCAUUAUACGAUCUGUGUCGUUAUACUACUUCUGGGAUACACAACAAACUUAGUCCAUGGUGUGCACUAUUUACCACCGAAGACAUCAAAGUACUAGAAUACAUUGGAGACUUACGACAUUACUAUAGAAAUAGUUACGGUACACCAGUUAACAAAAUAUUCGGACGUAUUCCUUUAACUGAUUUAUUAGAAACAUUCAUAAAGGCAAAGAAUGGAAAUGGAAAGCAGUUUACAUUAUAUUUUACACAUGCAACUAUGAUGGACAUGGUAUACGUCGCAUUAGGCCUUUUUAAAGAUGAGGUACCAUUAACAGCUGAGUUUAGAAAUGAUACAAGAAAGUGGAGAUCAUCUAAAUCAUCAGCUUUCGCUUCGAACUUAAUGGUGACAUUGAAUAGAUGCAUUGAAGGCAAGAAAACAGAUUACAACGUCGUAUUUUAUUUGAACGAGAGACCUCUAGAGUCAAUAUGUAACAAUGGCGAAUGUUCAUGGCGAGAGUUUGAAGAAAAACUAAAACCUUUCGCAAACACUACACUGGACUUUUGUUGAGUUUUAUAAGGACAAAUACCGCUACUUAAUUCUGUUAUAGUAAAGAACUUUAUUAUUAUAUUAUGCAAUGUUAUAUAAAUAAAUGAUAGCAAAAUA